UAGGGCGUAGCGUAGGUUAGAUUAAAAUUGUUUACGACAUUCGAUAUUCAUUGAUUGUAUUUCUGUUAUUACAAUAUUUAUGAUGGUUUCCAAGUCAAAAACUGGCUUGUUUGCGCUAGGAUUUUACGCUUUAGCGUCCUUCUUUAUUAUAUUGGCCUUUGUAAGUCCAUACUGGUUGGUUACUGACGGCAAACUUAAAAACCCUAAGUUUAUUCAAAUUGGUUUGUGGUUAGUAUGCUUCAAUGGGUUUCAAGAGCCGCACCACUGGUAUGACACAGUGUUCACUGGCUGCUGGUGGGUGUUUGAAGAAGAGUACUAUAUCAUCCAUGACAUACUUCUCCCAGGAUUCUUCAUCGCUACUCAGUUCUUCUUCACUGUAUCACUGUGUGCUGUGCUCGUGUCUCUGUUUCUGGCAUAUCUCUAUUUGCAGAAAGACAAUGAUGAUGAAAACUAUUUGACUCUUUUGGUGACACUGGGAACAAUUCUAGUUAUUGGAGGAUUUUCUGGUAUUAUAUCUGUGGUGACAUUUGGAGCGAGGGGUGAUGGCCGUGACUGGAUGCCAAACUGGGAACACAAUGACCUCGGCUGGGCAUAUGCCAUGGGCGUCAUUGGAGUUGUCAUGCUGUUUCCAGCAGGCAUUCUGUUCUUGGUUGAAGCGAGGGUGCACAAGUAUAAGAAACUGCAUGAAAUGCAAAGUCGUGAGCCGUCCUCAUACACAAUGCAUGAAAGGAAGUUUGCUUAUGCUGGAGGACACACAGAUAUUUAAUUGGCUGUAAGAAUUUUAAUUAUAGACAUAUUAAUUUCAUUUAGAUAGUAGAUUAGUCAUUAUACAUAAUGAGCUGAUGACAGUCAUAAGUAUAGAGUAAUUAGUUAAUAACAAUAUUAUAGACUAAUGUAAUUUUUUUUCUUUUAUUUGACUCCGUCCAUGUUUUACAAGAAUCUCAUGUACAAAAAUUGUACUUUUACAUAUAAAAAAAAAGUCACCCAAUAAGUUGGCUCCAGUGACUUAAAUAAAUGUCAAAUAUCAUGACUACCUUGAAAAAAAACUCUUAUCUUAUUCUGUCAAUGUGGUCGCUAUAUGGAUAAGAAAUAGUGGUAAGUAUGGGUUGCAUACAUUACUGCAUUUCAACUGAGUAAUGGUAUGAGUUACAAGAUUUUUUCAUAGUAUUAUAAAAUGAAAGUUCUCUUGCCUUUGUUGUAGAUUGCAAAACACAAUAAAAUUAACGUAAAAAAAGUUUUUAACUCAUAAUCCUACAGAUGUAUAGUGCUGGUGGGGAUAAUAUGGGGUAAAAUUCUUUUUGUUGUCUUGUUUCUGACCACUGUCACGACACAAAACUGAGUCGAGUCCUGACUCCAGUCAGUUUAUUCUUUAUCAAUACUACAUUGUGUCUGUGUGGUAGGGUAGCUGACCUUGCGUAGGCGUGUGAACUUUCAUUAAAAUAAGUUUGGGUUGUGUGGGCAUGCUGUAAUGGCAGCUGUAUAUGUAAGUAAAGAAAUAAAAUUCACUUCCAUAAUUAUUUAGUGCCUUAGCAUA